AACGUCAAAAUAUUUUACUUAUCACCAAAGGAAAAUAUUAUUGUUCUGAAUCAAUUUAAUUGCUCGAAUUAUCAGUGUUUUUGUGUUUCAUGACUGUUUAUUCAGUAUUUUACCAUCCAAGGCCAACAAACCCAAUUUCUGUCAUCGUAUCCAGCUUUCUGGGUGUACAGUCCCUAAUAGGGAAAAAAAGAUACUGAGCUCAAAAUGCUUUUUCAAAACCCCUUGAAGUGUGCAGAUAUAAAGGCGUACCUUGACUAUGACGAAGCCUGCGUUGAAAUUUUCAACUCCCUUUUUGAAAAUAUAACGAUUUAUGGCCAGUAUGAGCAAUGCCACAAGUGCAAUUAUCAGAACUUGACCACAGUAAAUGCUCAGAAGAGUGGGUCGCUCCUUGUCAGUACUAGGUCUCCCUUGGGCUUAAGUUGGAGUGUAGAUUCUAGCAAUACAUGCCAAUUUACAAAAUUAUUUUAUGAGCACUUCCGAUAUGGUUGGAACAUUACAUCAGAAUGUGAACCUAACAAAGACCCUUUCUAUAUUAAGGAAGCAGCUGAUGAUGCAUAUUUACCAAUACUUAUGGCUUUUGUUGUACUAUUUUGCUUUGGAACCAUGUGGUAUAUGGUGAAAUGCAUCUAUAAAAACAGUGGCAGAUUAAGGCAACUCAUAUCUUGGAGUACAGAAUUUGAAGAGGACCUGACAGGUUCAGCCCCAUUGGUAGUGGAAAGACCUCCUUCAAUAAAGAAGCAUCCACAUAGGGUAAAGGCUAUAGAUGUCUUUAGAGGCCUGUGUAUAAUCCUUAUGAUUUUUAUAAAUUAUGGGGGAGGCAAUUAUUGGUUUUUCCAGCACUCUGUUUGGAAUGGGAUUACAGUGGCCGAUUUAGUAUUUCCUUGGUUUAUGUGGAUUAUGGGACUGUCCCUUACUAUAUCUCUGCAGAAAAAACUACUCAGAGCCGUACCAAGGCGGACCAUCGUCUUUCAAAUAAUACGUCGAAGUCUCAUCUUAAUAUUUUUGGGGGUGGUUAUUAAUUCCAGCCAUCAUGAGAUGACGGUGGAUCACUUGAGACUUCCGGGUGUGUUACAACGUUUUGGAUUUACUUACUUCAUUGUGGGAAUGCUCGAGAUAAUUUUUACUAAACGUAUCGAAAUUGAGACUAUGCAUUGCGUAAGUGAUAUUUCGAUGGCCUGGGCUCAGUGGUUGUUUGUAUUGACUUUAAUCUCAAUUCACACCUGUGUCACGUUUUUGGCGAAUGUACCUAAUUGUGGAAAGGGAUAUUUAGGUCCGGGGGGUCUGGAUGAAAUGGGGAUGCAUAUUAACUGCACCGGUGGUGUGGCCGGAUAUAUUGAUAGACAAGUUUUUGGAAAACACUUGUUAAGGUCAUCUCAAUUUCAGAAAGUAUAUGAAAGCAAGGUUCUUUUUGAUCCUGAAGGUAUUUUAAGCACCCUAGCUUCAGUUUUGACAGUUUACUUAGGAGUGCAAGCUGGUAGGACCCUAAACACAUAUCAGAAUGUUAAACAUAAGAUGAUUAGGUGGUCUUUGUGGGGGAUUAUAUUGAUCAUAGUUGGCGCAGGCCUUUGCGCCUUUAAACGCGACGAUGGCCCCAUUCCUUUAAAUAAACAGCUUUGGUCCCUCUCAUUUAGCUUUCUAACCGGAGGCAUGGCAUUUUUAAUAUUCGGCUUUCUCUUCCUGAUAGUGGAUAUUCUGAAAAAAUGGGGCGGUCGACCGUUUUUCUACCCGGGCAUGAACGCGAUCGCCCUCUACGUGGGACAUAUGAUUUUCAAAAAUACUUUUCCGUUUGGAUGGAUCCCCAACGUGGAGACUCAUGCAGCUUAUUUGUUUAUGAACUUGUGGGGUACUGCGCUUUGGGUCGCAAUAGCUAUUUACUUUUAUAAGCACGAUAUUUUUUUCACUAUUUGAAGUUGGGAAAGGUGAGUUUGUCAUUAAUGAUAUGAAUUUGUUUAAUAACGUGUUGUUAUUUAGUUUGACAAUCAAGGGUUAAUUUUAACGUAAUUUAAAAUAUAAGAACUUCUGUCGUGAUGUGGAUGAGGUUUAAUGCCAUUUUAGACUGAAUAUUGUGAUUGUGAAAACAAAAUAGUUUAUUACGACGGGAAAAAUAAACAGAAAUAAUAUUUUAAACAAACCAAAUUUAAAAUAAUUAAAUUGACUUUAACCCAAAUCGAUCAAAAUAUUAUGUUAAAAUGAAAAUCAAAGACUCAAGAAAUUUUAUUUAAAACUGAAAAAAUCAGUAGUAUUGCUAAUAUUUUUGAAAAUCAUUUUGUUAUUAACACCAAUUUUUAACAGAUUCAGUGUGUAGGCGACAACAGCCAUGUAGAGCAUGGGUGUAUACUGUUUCUGUUACUGUAAUGUGCAUUUAUCAAACGUAAUAAAUUUUUUAUAAAGCUUACCGCAAAAUUUUUUAUUCUAGUAUUUUUCAAAAAUCACAGUUUGCAGUCUCAGUUUUAUAUCUAACUGAAAAACACAGAAUUAUUUUGCUAAUUAUCGAAUUAAGCUACUGUAAUUUAUGACCCUACUCUCGUAAAACUAUUAACCUUUUGAAAUUUAUGACAAAAAAAAACACAAAUAAGUAUGAAAAAAAACUAAAUAAUUCUUAAAGUUUAAUUCUAUUCUAGAUUUUUUUGUAUGGAGCAAAUUCUCAUAAAAUGCCUGGUAGUCGUGUGGCAAGAUUGUCAUAAUAAUUUGCAGAUUCCUAUAUUUUCUGCCAGGAAAUUUAAAUCUGCUUGAGUAAAAUGGGGUUUAGAUCUGCCGAUAAAUAAAUUCUAGAUCCGUUGUGGCAAAUUUUCCAUGUAUUCCAAAAUUGAAUUUUAUAGCUAUAAAUUAUAUAACAUAUAAAUAACAGUCCAAAUAUUUGUAACUUCCAGGUCUCCU